AUGGAGAGCCCCCACGAGCACCAGCAGAAUCUCCUGCUGUCCCGUAUCAUUACCAAUGUUGAGAAACUUAACGAAGCCGUCGUUGUUAUGAACAAGGCCCUUCAGGAAAUCAACAUUCAGAACAUGAACGUCGAGCUUGUGGCUCAGAUGUUCAAAAACUACCAGUCUAACGUUCUCUUCCACCUUGAAGCUACGGAAAACUUGAAGCCGCCUUGUUGA